GGAUCAGUAUCCGUAUCUCAGUAUCAACAAUACCGCCGUAAGAAUAAGAGCAGUAAAGUGUCUGCUGAGAGAAUUCUUAAAUCAAGGGUCAUAUUGAAGAAGGGUGAAUUUUUCCACAAUUUAGCCUCUUGAAAAAUUAAAAAAACCAAGAGAAGAAUAAACAAGAAUUCCAGAGAACAAUAUAGAAAAAUUUUAGAAAAAAAUAAAUUCAAUUAAUCGAAAUAGAUCUACUACAGAGACCGAAAAUAACGUGACAUCGAGUUUUUCCAGCGAGAUGAAGAAAACUGAUGCCUCUUUGAUUGAAAAAGAAUUAGCAGCUUCACUUAAGUUAAUCGAAUCAGGUCUCAAUCAUCUUGACAUAGAAGCGGCACAUUUAUUGAAUCCGAAAAUAAAUAGCAGAUUAGAUAGUCAAUAUUCAUCCAAAUCAUCAAAACCCUCAAAAUCGUCAAAAUCAAAUGAAUUGUUUAAUGAUGCAGCCAGAAAUGUUUAUUUAACGAGUAAACUGGAUGAAGCUCUUCAAAGUGAUACCAAAAAAAUAAAAAUAAAUGAUUUACAAUUGUUACAUCCACCGGAUUUAAAAUUUUCUUUUUAUUCUUCAAAAGAGUAUAUUAUUCCUUCAGCACAAUUAGAAUCAGUGAAGGAACCUUUAAAGCCACUAGCGCCAUCUAUAAUUAAAUCUGGGAUAGAAUCUGGAUGCAGCGAUAAAAAGGAGCAGCUUUUCCCAAAAUUUAUCUUGGAAUCAAAAAAGAUUACAUCUAACUCCACGAGUGAUAAAAUUGAGUCUGCUGGUUCUGUUAUAGAAAUGCAUGAUAUAACAGAAUCCUUAUUGAAAAUAAGAUCUGCUCUCGACAAUUUAGACAGGGAGGCAGAGUACUUGUUGAAUCCAAUUGAAUUCAAUCUAUCACAUUCUUCUACCAAAAAAGACGAAUUUACAACCAGUAGCAUUAAUUUUCAACCGAAUGCAUGAAUUUUUGAAA